GCACCUGAGAUUCCCUCUCUCUCUCUCUGCCUGCCGGUGUGCCUCUCUGUCUACCAACGCCGCUCUAGAGAGAGAAAGAGGGCCCAACCCCACCAAACUUACUCUGCAUUCUGUGGGGUCUCUCUCUCUCUCUCUCUCUCUCAUUCGCUUCUUUUUCACUGUUUCCAUUUGUUAUAUUAAUCUUUUCUAAGCCUUUUUACGCCAUCAAAUCAUGCUUUUGUUUUGGACUCUUCCAGUGAUAGACGCAGUUGCCGCUGCCUGAAGCCUCCGUCUUUGGGCUUCCCUCGUUCCAAGCACAUUUGCCGCUUCAUCUCAAAAUUGUGGGAAGCAUGGGAAAGCCAUUCAAGGGAAUAAUUCAAGAUGUCAAAGGAAGAGCUCAAUGCUAUAAACAAGAUUGGGCUUGUGCACUCUGUACUGGCGUUAGCAUAUUGGCUCCAACGUUCUACAUAUUCUUUGCUUCUGCUCUUCCUGUCAUUGCUUUUGGAGAGCAACUUAGUAGGGAUACAGAUGGAAGCUUGAGCACAGUGGAAACACUUGCAUCUACUGCUAUUUGUGGAAUUAUCCACUCAAUACUUGGUGGCCAACCAUUGUUGAUUUUAGGAGUUGCUGAACCCACUGUUAUAAUGUACACUUAUCUCUACAGUUUCUCCAAGAAAACACCAGAACUAGGUGCCAAGCUCUUUCUGGCUUGGGCUGGUUGGGUUUGUGUUUGGUCAGGAUUCUUCUUGAUUCUGCUUGCAAUUUUCAAUGCUUGUAAUAUUAUCACAAGGUUUACAAGAAUUGCUGGGGAGUUAUUUGGGAUGCUAAUAACUGUUCUUUUCUUUCAAGAGGCUAUAAAGGGAUUGAUAGGUGAGUUCAGCACGCCCAAGUCUGAAGAUCCUUCCUCAGAGGAAUUUCAAUUCCAAUGGCGGUAUACAAAUGGACUACUUGCAAUCAUUUUCUCUUUUGGAGUGCUUCUCACUGCGCUUAAAAGCAGAAGAGCAAGAACAUGGCGAUAUGGAACAGGGUGGCUUCGAGGUUUUGUUGCAGAUUAUGGGGUUCCGAUGAUGGUAGUGUCAUGGACAGCACUAUCAUAUGGUAUACCAGGCAAAGUUCCAGAAGGUGUUCCUAGAAGGCUUGUCUGUCCCCUUCCCUGGGAACCUGCGUCCCUCUAUCACUGGACAGUAGUGAAGGACAUGUUGGAGGUACCCAUGGUUUAUAUAAUUGCGGCAAUUGUUCCAGCUCUGAUGAUAGCAGGCUUAUACUUUUUUGAUCAUAGCGUUGCCUCCCAGAUGGCACAACAGAAAGAAUUUAAUCUUCAAAAGCCAUCUGCUUUCCACUAUGAUCUUUUGCUGCUUGGAAUAAUGACUAUAAUUUGUGGUGUCCUUGGCCUUCCCCCUUCAAAUGGAGUCCUUCCACAGUCCCCCAUGCAUACAAAGAGUUUGGCAGUCCUUAGGAGGCGGUUGAUCCGAAAGAAAGUGGUGAAGAGUGCCAAGGAAUGUAUUAAGCAGCAGAAGACCAACUCUGAAUUAUAUGGAAAGAUGCAAGCAGUGUUUAUAGAAAUGGAAACAGCCCCUACAGUUAAAGAAUUGGAGAAUUUGAAGGAAGCUGUAAUGAAAUCUGAUAACAAGGAUGGUGCAAAAGAAAAAUUUGAUCCUGAGAAACACAUAGAUGCAUAUCUACCAGUCAGAGUUAAUGAGCAAAGAUUGACCAACAUAUUGCAGUCUCUCUUUGUUGGAGUGUCAAUUUUAGCCAUGCCUGUUAUCAAAAGGAUACCAACCUCAGUUCUAUGGGGUUAUUUUAGUUACAUGGCAAUUGAUAGUCUCCCAGGGAACCAAUUCUGGGAAAGGAUUUUGCUCCUGUUCAUCACCCCAAGUCGGCGUUACAAAAUUUUGGAAGGUUCUCAUGCAUCAUUUGUGGAGACAGUACCAUUCAAGACCAUAGCUGCAUUUACAGCCUUACAGUUAGCAUAUUUUCUGUUCUGUUUCGGGGUGACAUGGAUACCUAUAGGCGGAAUAUUGUUUCCUUUGCCAUUCUUCCUUCUCAUAGUUAUAAGAGAACACUUGCUUCCAAAGCUAUUCAAGCCUAGCCAUCUUCAAGAACUAGAUGCUUCUGAGUAUGAGGAAAUUGCUGGUGCUCCACACGGUUCACUGAGGGAUAAGGAGUCACUUGAUAAUGACACUGAUGCAAGCUCAGAAGACUUCUACGAUGCAGAGAUAUUGGAUGAGAUGACUACCAACCGGGGAGAGUUGAAACUUAGAACUGUUAGCUUCAAUGACAGAAACCACAGCCGCAACAGUAACAGUAACAGUUUCAGUGAAGACAGACACUCUCAGGUUUAUCCUGAAGAUGCUGUCUGAAUAUUAUGAAAUCUCUGGAACCACCAUUUUGGAUGCAGAAGAGGUUUGAUAUAAAAGUAUAUUAGAGAAAGGAUUGCUAACAAUUCUUGUUUAGUCAUUCAAGGUUGAAGAUGAUCUUCUGUGGAACAAGUAAGGAUUCAAUCGGUGAAAGAGAAGAAAUGCAAAAGGAAAGAGAACUUUGAAGAAAUGGGCUUCAAUAUUUUAGCUGAAAAACACAUUAAAAUAAUAGACAUUAAGGGUCAACUCCUUCCAUAGUUGGCGACAAAAUUCACAAAAAAAAACAGAAAAAAAAAGAUUAUUAUAUAAUUAUUUUGAAGAAAUGAGGGAACUGAACGAUAGGAUAUGCAGGGGGUUUAAAAGAAAGAAAACUGAGUUAUUAUAAUUAUUUUGAAGUUAAAGUAUAGAUAAUGUUAGUGGAACAUUCUUCCAAUUUUUUGUUGACAUGAUUUUUUGAUUGGAUAUAGCAGAGUUUGCAAUCACAUUUUUUCAAAACAUUCAACAACGGCCAAGUGUAUUAUAUUCUAUUAGCAUUCAAUGUGACUACAAUGGAAUAGAAUUUGGUUUAUAUUCUUAGGAUGUGAAUACUUUGAUACGAUUUUAUAGAAUAUUGAAUUUUUUAGGUGC